AGGGUUCUAUCCACACACACACACACACACACUAAAAUAGAGAAAGACUGAGGGUUAUGGUUAAAGGGAGAGACGGAUGCCCAGUAGCAACGACCAUACCGUUAUUUUACAGCUUGGCUUUAAAGGGGAAGAGGAGACAUGGAAGUUGAAGCCGUGGAGAGAAACAUGCCAGCGCUGCUACAUCUAUUCGCCUAGGACCGAGGACGGGGAGUCAGGCCGAGCAGCGGACGGUACCAUGUGAAUGACCGAGGAUCAUGAAGCCCACACACAAGCUGCUGUUCGUCCUGUGCUCCAUUAUGGUCGUGGUCUUCAUCUACUACUCCUCCCUCAAGCUGCACUUCACCUUUUGGAGACACAAAACACAUGUACACAAGAAGCCAAGCGUUACUUUAACAGUCACAAAUCCUAAAGCCGUCAUCAUAACUAAUGCUAAAGUGACCACAGAGUUGGAUCUGGACGCUGCAUCUAAGGGACGGCCGGGGGACUCAGAGGAACUGGAACAGCAAUCCACGCUGGAUAGAAAAUUCUCAACGACGUCGGCGCAGCAGGAUAACAAACUCGGCGGUGGAGCCUGCAUGCGCGGCCACGCCGCCACCAAGAUCGCUGCUAUCUUUCCAAAGUUCACCAAACCCAUGCCCAUGUUCCUCGACCGAAACUUCAGGCAGUAUAAAGAAAUCCGCAACUACUUACCUCCGUUCGGAGUCAGGAGUCAAGAGAAAAUUGUAGACGCCAUACUGACCGCCACGAAAAAGUACGACCUCAGUCCUGAACUCCAGAGUUUGAGCUGUACGAAGUGUGUGAUCGUAGGGAACGGGGGAAUCCUCGCCAACAAGUCUCUGGGCCUCCGGAUUGAUGCGUACGACAUUGUGGUGAGGUUGAACAAGGCUCCGGUGAAGGGGUACACCCGGGACGUGGGUACUAAAACCACCAUGAGGAUCACGUACCCCGAGGGAGCGUUCAACAAGACCGAACAAUACGAGAAGAACUCGCUGUUCGUCUUCUCGGCCUUCAAACCGCAGGACUUCAAAUGGCUGAGACAGAUGAUCUACGGAGAGAAGCUGCGGAGUACAGAGGGCUACUGGAAGUCCGUGCCCAAUUCUCUGCCCAAAAAACCCUCUGAGCUGCGAAUCCUCAACCCGUACUUCUUCCAGGAGUCGGCCUUCAAGCUCAUCGGCCUGCCACUGAACAACGGCCUGAUGGGUAAAGGGAACAUUCCCACUCUGGGCACCGUGGCGAUAACGAUGGCACUUCACAACUGCGACGAGGUGGACGUGGCCGGGUUCGGCUACGACUUGAGCACCCCUCAAGCACCCUUGCACUACUACGAGUCUGUUAAAAUGUCUGCCAUCAAAGAGUCAUGGACUCACAACAUCUCAAAGGAGAAGGAGUUCCUCCGGAAGCUGGUGAAGGCCGACGUCAUCACAGACUUGACCAAAGGGAUCUAAUGGUACUCUUUAUUCUGAUGGUGCCUUUAUUCCAGAGAGAACCGAGACGCUGAAGCCCAGGCGGCGCGCUGAGCUGUACGGUGGCGGCGGGCCGGUCUUGUGCCAUGUGCCUUCUGAUGGAUGAGCUGGAGUUUCCCCCGAACUCCCCGAAGAGUUCCGAAUUCUUCCGAGUCCUUAGAGAUUAAAACAAGCCGACCGCUGGGUACAGACUCCGCUGCUCGUGCCAAAACGUACCUCCGGGAGAGGGGCGUGUCCUCCUCUACAGCCUGAAUGUAUUCACUGUGUACGCGCCGUCCGUUCCUGCAUCGACGACGGAAACGCCCACGCACACGCUUCUGUGUCGAAAGUGUUCAAACGCAGGCUGAUCCUUUUAAAAUUAUUUAUUUUGGGACGUAUUUUAAGCCUCUCUAAAAGCGGAGAGGGUUUUUAAAUGAUCAUCUCUUAAGAUUUGUAUAUUUUAUUUGAUUUUUUUUAUCGUAAGGAUGUGGUAGACUCUAAAUCACCCGGGGUUACGGCGUGCCUGUGGUGCUGGGGUUCUCCUAAUGUUUACUUGAUAUUUUGAUAAUUACCAGCUUCGGCGGGGUUCGAAAUACUUUUGCUUUUGUACUUUUUGCUAAAUUAUCUGAAUUUCUAAAGAUUUCUAUCAUCGUAAUUUCCUGAGCUGUAUGUUUUUGAGAUCGUUAAGUGCGUCAACGCUCGGGAUCAAAGUCAGGAAGGAGAGGGCGUUUAUGCAUCUUUGUGCUUUUUAAUUUAAUUAAUUUAAUUUUAUAUAUAUAUAUACAGUAUAUAUAUAUAUAUAUAUAUAUAUUGUUUUUCAUUUCGGAUAGACGACACAUGCUUUAUGUAGAAACACGAAGCCCUGACGCUUCACAAAAGUAUUCGGACACUUGACCGUGACCUUGUCGGACAUCUUAUUUAUUAAACAAACUGUAUUAAAACUGAGCGAAACACAUAAAUAUCAAAGUUAGAAGGGGUGUCCUGGUAUAAAAUUCACCAUUAAUAUGGAGCACAUUCCUAAUUGAUCUCGGUAGCCACGCCUUAAAUCUGCGAUGCGAUAAAAUGCAAGAAAAGUCCGAACAUGGGGGUUGAAUUUUGACGGAUUUGAACCGCACGCAUCAUGUCGCCUGGUUUCUUCGGAAAAUUGCCGCUGCAGAAACCAUGAUCAUCACGAAUCCUAAUAAAACAAAGACGAGGAUGAAAAGUUUGGAACCCGUCAGUGUUACAUAUCAAACACUCCUCUGAUGGAUCGGUAUUUUAGUAUUUUUAUGUUAUUAUAAAUGAGGUGUUGGUGGUGGGUCCUCUGCACCAGCGCGUGUCGGUACACUAAAAUAACUAUUUUUAUUUUCCAUUUUGAUCUAACCAGACAAUUCGCGACAACUUGAUCAGAAGUCACUAUGUUCAGUGUAUAGUGUCUCUAAGACUAAGACUGUGCUGAACCACAGCGAAAGCCUUUAUCCUCAUCUUCAAUUGGAGGAAACUCAGAACAUCGGAACUUUUGUAAGAGGAUCUAAUCAGACAAUUCACGACAUUCAACUCAUUACAAAUUACAAGUCAUGAUGUACAGGGUAUAAUAUUCCUGAGACUCUGCUGAACCACAGCGAGAGCCAUUAUGCUUUUUAAGUGGAGUAAUCUCUCAACAUUUGUUGGCGGAUCUAACCAGACAAUUUGCCACAACUCAAUCAGAAAAUUACAAGUCAUGAUGUUCAGGGUAUAAUGUUUCUGGGACUCUGCUGCACCACAGCGAGAGCCAUUAUCUCCAUCAUUUGUCAGUCUACCAGCUCAUUCAGAAAGUCACAGUUUUGUUGUGUUCCAAAAUCAGUUUGGACAACAAGGGUCCAGCGAAAAAAGUAAACAAGAGGUGUUAUGAUGUGCUGGUGCUUUGACGCAUUCAGUCACAGUCGUUGCUGCUAUAGGUACGGUGCGACCAGUUCUUUUUACAAUGAUGUUUCAAAUCCGAAAUGUGUCAUGUUUCUGCUCUUCUUCUCUUUAUUUAGUACGAUUUGGUACGUUAUUAAAGAUCAGGUCGUUCCUGCUGGAAUCUAUGAUGCUUAUAGAACGAUCUAUAAUCUAGAGUUUAUCACUUAUCUACCCCAAACAAGGGUUUUUAUGCCAUAUCUCUCGGACCAUCCAUUCUUCAGUGUUUCAGGAAGCUGAUUUAUGUGUUAUUGAUUGUCGACAGGCUUUAUACGUCGUAAAGUGAGGUACAGCUCUAAACAGCAGAUUCCUGCUGCCGUUUAAAACAGUGCCGUCCAGUUAUUUAUACGUGUGAGAAAUUCCUCUCACUGGUUCUCAAGUGGCCGGAAAAAUUACAAGAAGCCAAAGCACUUUGUGAAAGUCGCCUCCGACACCGCGGUACCGCUUCUGUUUAAAGUGUUAGUCCUUUACAUAGGUGAUUUAUUCUCCUCACAGACUAAGAGAAAUGUGGUGGACGUGGGUGAGGAAUCGGAAUGUGGGACGUCUCACCGUCCCGGCGUUCCUCGUAUCGAUCGUCGACUGUAGAUACCGGGUACGAAGUAUCUGAAUCUCAUGCCAAAGAUGCAGUAACGUAUGCAGUAAUGUAUAUUUAAGUGCUUCCUUUGUGUGUGUGUGUGUGUGUGUGUGUGCGCGUGUGUGAGUGUGUGUGUGCGUCUCGCUCUGCACUUUAGAACAAAGCAUUGUGGGUAAGUGUGGGUUCAUCGUUCAUCUUUUCAGUGUUGCUCAGAUUUCCCGACGUUUUCGGGUUCGCUCUUUGGGUCCAAAGCUGCGGCAGGCGAAGACAUUCCGAGAAGCAGGUGCCUCCUUUGUCGGUUACCCAGAAUUCCAUGGGGAUGCUAAACUGUUUGUUGCUUAGAGACCUGGUACUGUUAUCUGUUGCUUCAUGUACAAAAUGCUUUCACGAAUAAAGACAGAUGAAGGAAACGA